AUGAGCGACCGCGCCAGCCAAGCGAAAGAUCGCCAGAACUAUGCGCGGAGAAUAGUUGAUCUCGUGAUUGAGUGUCGCAACAAGGUCCCCAGCGACUGUCCCGAGCCGACGCUCAUCCUGUCAGACGCGGCUCUCCGUGCGUACGUCAGGGGACUCGAGAAGUCAACAUGGGACCAUAGGACGGAUAUAACAAGUUAUCACCAACUUUGUUCAGAUCUCAUUGAGAGGCUCGAGAUAAUUCGUGCCGAUCUUCCAGGCGAGUGGCGAGAGUUCUCAGAGCUACUAAGGGACGCUACAAAGUACCCGGAAGGCGUUACACCCAACACCACUCCCGCUCGUCCGCUGGCACCUCAGACGAACCUUGCCUUGGAGGAUGUCACUGUCGAACCUGUCCAGAACGAUAACGACACCCCCAAGGUUGUCGUUUCGCCGCCCGAUGAUGCUUCCCCGUGCCAGCUUCCUGGUAUAGCUACGAGCUUUCCAGCAGUGUCAACACUCGCUCCCGAUAAUUCAGAAGGUCCAGUGACAGCAAACCCCUUCGUCGGCCCCGAUGGUGGGUCCAUCUUUGGCAAGAUUGAUACGGAGGCGAAGCCCGCAGACAAACUUUUCUCGUCGAUUGCAGCCAAAGUGCCAGGAAGGAAGAUGGCACCCCUGAAGAGAGCCUCGCUCUCCAAGAAGUCUAAUGAAAAGUUGGCGCCUGGCCCUCUUGUUGCAAGCCCAAUGGUCGAUACCGUGUUAGCGGAGAAGACAAUAUCGCGGGCCCCAGCAACUAAACUCGUCUUCGACUUUGGUGCUUCUUCAACUUCGUUUGCAGCUCCGUCAACACCGCAGCCUAGUUUAUCGACAGAGCCCAAGGAGAAGAGAUCACGACACAUCUCACCUCCUUCACCAUCAUUACCUCCGAGUUCCAUCAGCAAAGACGAUUCCCCUCCCAAGGUCGUUUCGUCACUGGCGGUCUCUCUAGACUCCGUCCCAUCGAAGUCCACCUCCACUCAGACUGGCCUGGCGCCUUCUCCCGACAAGGGUCAGCUGGAGAUGAUCUUGAGCAUUCUGGAAGAGGAGAGAGCUGCGCGUAUCAAGGCUGAUACGAAAGUCGAGGAGUUGAUGGGGGCCAUGAGCCGCCUACAAGCCCAGGUUGAUCGACUGGUGGAGGAGGCUGAAGCAAGCCGGGCGGAGACAUCAGCUUUAAGCAAGUUAACCGCCAUGCCUGAAGAGCCCGUGAAGCCUACAACGCAGGUUUCGACCUCUGGUUCCCGCAACAAGAACGACCCUGAGGGCGACAAGGUCGUGGCGCCAAAGCGCAAGUUCACGAACAAGAUCGUGAGGGACCUCAGGAAGGAGUUUCCUCCUGAGACAUCCCAUGUCGUCUUCAAGCAGCUGAAGCACGGCUCUCUACGCCUCUCUGGGCUUCAGAAAGCCCAGCCUGCCAACCUCCACGCGCAAGUCGAGAAGGUGCUGUGCGCCUUCAAGGUGCCAGCAUCUCAGCGAAAAAAGCACGCGUCAAUGGUGAUCGAUUUGGCUAAUUUCGGAAAUGGUCUUGCUCGCAACGACAAGCAAUACCUUCCUGUCGAUACCAAGGUUAGGGACGCGGCCAUCGGAUUUGCGGAUGAAAAGCUGGCCAACCACCUCUUCAACGACAAGAAGUGGUUGUGCUUCCGCUGCGUUUCUGAGCAGCAUAGGUGCAUGCAGGGGUACAUGGGUGGACGUGUGGUCUUGUAG